AUGGAUCAGGUCUAUGUGUACUCUCUCAUGAUUAUCUCGCAGGAAAUGGCAUCAGAUGUCUAUAUGCUUGCGUCCUCCCCGGUCACGACUGCAAGGAAAUACCGGAUUAGAAUGAGAGGCAUUGAUGCACCCGAGCUUAAAAUUCCUAAUGGGAAGGAAUCAAAAGAUGCAUUGGUGAAACUCAUUGGUGGGAAAAGUGUCACAAUUUAUGUGUAUGGACAUGACCAGUUUGGGCGUUACGUGGGAGACAUUUAUUGUGAUAAUGUGUUCAUCCAGGAGCAAAUGCUGAAGAGUGGUCAUGUAUGGCAUUUCAAGACCUACGACAAGCGCCCAGAGUUCGCACAGUGGGAGAGAGAGGCAAGAGCUGCACACCGAGGGCUUUGGGCAUCAGAGAACCCGGAGAAACCGUGGGAUUGGAGAAGAGAUCAGCGCAAUGCAAACAUUCAGGUCUACUGAUGGAGCUGAACUUAGUGUUUAGAGCCCUGAAAUGAUCUGGUAGCCUCACAGUUUCUUAGUGAGGUCCGUGUACAGCUUGCUGAAAUGAAUGCAUAUCAGAAACCAAAAAGUUUGUGUGGUUUUGUGUGUGGAAGAAAUCACAAGAGCACCACAGAGAAAUGUUAUCGAUUCCUCUCAGGAGAAAACAAUAGAACGGGGAGGAAAAAAAUAUAACAUUGCAGUGUUAGCCUGCCUUAUAGU